UCAGGGAGACAGCAGAAAGCACGAGUCUGAAUAACUUUCACCCAUUACAGCUGCUUACGGAUCUUCAGGGGAUCUUCGGCUCUCUGCUUAAUUUGUGGAAUACUUUUCACAGAGGUCUGGACUGACUAAAAUCUUUUACUGCUGAAAAAAUAAAUAAAAAUGGCUCUCAGACAAGACUCAGAUAAAGAACCACGAAUCGAGCUCUUCAUAAAGGCGGGUCAUGACGGAGAGAACGUGGGGAACUGUCCCUUCUGCCAGAGACUCUUCAUGGUUCUUUGGCUGAAAGGAGUGAAGUUCACAGUAACCACUGUUGACAUGAGGAAGAAGCCAGAAGAGCUAAAAGACUUAGCUCCAGGUACCAACCCUCCUUUCCUCUUGUACAAUGGCACACUGAAAACCGACUUUAUUAAGAUCGAAGAGUUCCUGGAGACCACCCUCGCUCCUCCCAGCUAUCCUCAUCUCAGUCCCCGCUACAAAGAGUCUUUUGAUGUUGGCGCUGACAUUUUUGCCAAGUUCUCCGCUUACAUCAAGAACAGCCCAAACAAUGCUUUCCACGAAAAAGCCUUAUUGAGAGAGUUUAAGCGCCUGGAUGACUAUCUGAACACUCCGCUUCAGGAUGAGCUGGAUCAAAACAUCAGCGUAUCCAAAAGAAUGUUCCUUGAUGGCAACCGCUUGACACUGGCAGAUUGCAACCUGUUGCCAAAGCUGCACGUCAUCAAGGUUGCUGCCAAAAAGUACUGUAGUUUUGAGAUACCUGCUCAGUUCACUGGAGUGUGGCGUUACUUGCAGAACGCAUAUGAGAGACAAGAGUUCAGCCAGACCUGUCCAGCCGACAUAGAAAUCGAGAAAUCCUAUCUGAGUGUGACCAAGAGGAACUGAGCUUCAGAUUAAUGAAGCAAUGUUGUGAUAAAACGUUUAAAUAGUGUAAAUAAAUAAAAAAACAAACAAGUUUUAUAGCCAUCUACAUAGUUGUAGUUCACAGGUAUAGAAAUCUAUUACAGCGAGGACAAAACUAAAACACACACACAGUUUGCUUUCAUUGUGCCUGUGAUCUCAAAGCCCAUUAGAUUUACUACUUCUAGUGACUGCUACAGUCAAAGAGGCUUUAUUCUAGUAGUUUUAGAGGUUAUAGGAUCCUUUGCAAAUGAUUUUGAGCACAACAGUCAACAGAGUAGUGCUUUUAAAUGCAUAUCAUAUGUAUUUUUUGUGCAUAUUUGUGUAUAUAUGUAUUUUACAUUAAUUGGGGAGUAUUCGGUUACAUGUAAUGUAAACCUAAAAAAUCUAUGUGUUUUAAUCAUCUGUAAUGAGCUAAAAACUCUGUGGAGACAAAAGUUAAGUCGAUUCAUGCGCAGUACUGGAGUCAGCGAGUCAUGCAGCGGUAAUGGUUGUUUUGUAUCAAGGGUUAUUGUGAAGGGUGUAUGAGUCACACAAACACCAUUGUUAGACUUUGUGAUUGUUUAAGAAAGAGAUUAAACUGCUUUCUUUCAGAGUUUACUUAAAAAUAAAAUCAAUAUCAUAUACAUCACAA